CCGAUGACGCUGCUCGUCAACGCUUCCUCUUUGUUUAAACCGUGCGUGUUCAUUGGUUACUUUUUAUGUCUUGCACACAAAAUAUACGAACGAACGUAUAAACGUGUUUGUUUCCUUCGCCGUGUUUUAAUUUGUUUUAAUUUUCGUCUGUUUACACCUCGACACAAGAACAUUAGAGGACAAAAGCUGAACCAGCCAAUGGGCGAACAGCUUGUUACAGUCUCAGGCAGUUCUGGUAGGAUGGAGCGGUUGGGCUGAUACGUCCAGGAAAUUAUUAUUCCUCUGUUUUAUUUUUAUUCUCUACGUUUUGCCAGCUGGAGUGCUCGGUGUUCAAUAAACCGUGGCCAGUGUCUCCUAGGUAAGAUUCUGUUUUUGUUUUUUGGGCUAAAGACGUAUAUAAGUGUUAAUUUCCGGGGUAGCAGCCAGGGUCGUCUGUCAACGCUCUCCUCGGAGGGGGUCCGUCCGUCAGACACGCACAGUCGGAGUGUCGGGGGUCCUUCAGGUGGGGGGCGAACCUGCGGACGCAGCCGUCGACGACCCGAGUGACUCAUGGUCGCCCAUCAGAUGCACCAAUGAAGAAAAGGUCCAGUGCUCCUCUGCGUCCCAAACGCAGCAGGCUGGUCAGUGGUUGUGCUCCAGAGCCGGACGCCAAUGCACCGCCAAACCCUGCGCCUGUCCUGGGGCCAGCCCCGCAGAUCCGGCGCCUGACCAUGUCGAGGCACAAUCACAACCUCCUCACGUUUCUGAACGAGGACCGGGGCCGGCAGAAGUUCUGCGAUGUGUCCGUGUCUGUGGGCGGGAGGAUCUACAGAGCCCACAGGGUGGUGUUGGCUCAUGGCAGCAGCUACUUCCAUGCGGAGCUGUCCAAGAACCCUGCCAGCACACACGUGACUCUGGACCACGUGGAGGACUCCGUCUUCCAGCACCUGCUUGGCUUCUUGUACACCUCUGAGUGUGUUGUCGCAGAGACGGACCUCCCGGCUCUAACUGAGGCGGCCCGCUUCCUGGACAUGAUGGAUGUUCUCAAGAUGCUGUGUGAAGAAGGGCAGGUCCACCCUGUGAGUGCGACCCAGGCCAAGGCUGAGAUAAGAGGGUCUCCUGAGGUAGAGACGACUCCCAGGGACUCACCGUCGGGUGACGCAGACAUCCAGAGCCCGUUUGAGCAGAGCAGUCGUCAGUUUAGCUCUGGAAAUACUGUACAGAAUCACUUGGCUGAGAGUCACGGUGAUGUGCAACAGGAAACCUCGACUGACGCAGAGAAGAAGGCGGGUCAGGGGAGUGCCAUCACACGGAGAUCGGCCCGUCGGAGGAGAACACCCACCAAGUAUAAGAGAGACGAUGUGGAGUACUCUGUCAACACUCCGGAGGAAAAACAAAGACUUGUGUCACCAAGCGAGCAGGAUGCAGUCAGAGUCCAAGACACAGGGGAGAAGGCUGUGGCAAACCAGACGGCCAAACCGGACGCGAAUGAGAGGUCUAAACCGGCUCAGGGUGGAGACGGUGUGGACGAGGAGGACGAAGUGGAUGACGGAGGAGACGUUCGCGAGGACGUGGCUGCGCAAAAGAAGGUCGCUGAGGUCUGUGCAGCAGACGAGAGCGCAAGCGGGCAGGGUGCAGGUGGGGACAGGACAGAGCACCGGGCUGUUCCAGAGGUGGAGGUGCACGGGCCUGCAGCAGGAAGAUCCAACCAGAGUCCGGUGUACCCCGAGGGUCUGGCUCCAGUCAUCAUCCAGACCUCCAGCAAGAAGACACUCAAGUGUCCCAGGUGUGACAAGACCUUUGACCGUGCAGGGAAGUACGAGAGUCACACCAGGGUGCACACGGGAGAGAAACCGUUCCAGUGUGACGUCUGCUUUCAGCGCUACUCCACCAAGUCGAACCUGACCGUGCACAAGAAGAAGCACGCCAGCGAUGCGCCCUUUCAGAAGAAGGAGCACAAAUGCCCGUUCUGCAACAAGCUCCAUGCCAGCAAGAAAACCCUGGCCAAGCAUGUCCGGAGGUUUCAUCCAGACAACAUCCAAGAGUUUCUUGCCAAGAGGAAGAGGAAGAGUGAAGGCUGGAAAUGUGCUAUUUGUCUGAAGACCUUCACACGCAGGCCUCAUCUGCAGGAGCACAUGAUCCUGCACACCCAGGAUCGGCCUUUCAAAUGCUCCUUCUGUGAUGAAUAUUUCAAGUCGCGCUUCGCAAGGCUGAAGCACCAGGAAAAGUACCACUUGGGUCCUUUUCCCUGUGAGAUCUGUGGCCGACAGUUCAACGACACAGGCAACAGAAAGCGACACAUUGAGUGUACUCAUGGAGGCAAAAGAAAAUGGACCUGCUUCAUAUGCGGGAAAUCAGUGAGGGAAAGGACAACACUGAGGGAGCACAUGAGGAUCCACAGCGGGGAGAAGCCUCACCUCUGUAGUAUCUGCGGUCAGAGUUUCCGUCAUGGCAGCUCCUACAGGCUCCACCUCCGAGUCCACCAUGACGACAAGCGCUACGAGUGUGACCAAUGUGGGAAAACCUUUAUACGCCACGAUCACCUGACCAAACAUCAGAAGAUACACUCUGGUGAGAAGGCUCACCAGUGUGAAGAGUGUGGCAAGUGCUUUAGGCGCCAUGAUCAUCUGACGGUCCACUACAAAAGUGUUCACCUGGGAGAGAAAGUUUGGCAGAAGUAUAAAACUGCUGUGCAUCAAUGUGAGGUUUGCAAAAAGGAAUUUAAAGGAAAGUCCAGUCUGGAAAUGCACUUCAGGACUCAUUCAGGUGAGAAGCCGCACCGAUGUCCCGAAUGCCACCAGACAUUUCGGAUCAAGAAGACCCUGACGAAGCACAUGGUGAUCCACUCCGACGCACGUCCCUUUAACUGUCCCCACUGCAGCGCCACCUUUAAAAGAAAAGACAAGCUGAAGUACCAUGUUGACCACGUCCACAGCACCAGGUUCAACGAUCAGCCCAUCAGCGCUCAGAGCGAGGACAAAAUCGUCUCCAUCCCCUUCGAGGAAACCUCAAAGGGAUAUCGCGCCGAGCCCAAGUCCACCCUCCAGAGCAGCCUUCCUCCCAUGAAUCUCUGCGUGCCCGUCACUUUAGUUCCUGUCCAGAUGGCAGGCGCAGCGCAGGGCGACCUGUCCACUCAAGGGACCUCCUCUCUCUCCUCCCAAACGCACAGUGUUGUGAGCAUGCCGCCUCAAGGACCGCAGCAGAACUCCGGCUACCAGGCAGCCACAGACCUGGCAUUCUUAGAGAAGUACACGCUCACCCCCCAGCCCGCCAACAUCGUCCACCCUGUGAGGCCUGAUCAGGUGCUGGACCCUCGAGAGCAGUCCUACCUGGGCACGCUGCUGGGACUGGAUUCAGCUUCCUCUGUACAGAACAUGUCCAACUCUGAUCAUACGCACUGAUGCCCCUCGGCCCAAUACUGGGCCUUAAAGGAACAGUCUGAAAACUCACCUGGUCCUUUGAAUCAGAAAAACAAAAGCUUCAGUUUUAACCACUAAAAUACAUUCGCAUUUUGAGAUCAUUUUUGAUCUCUGUCAAUUAUUCGAUUUAGGAGAUGAACUAGAAAACUGCCCUUCAUUAAUUUUGACAUUCAGCCUGAUAACACAGGAGAUCCACACCUCACUGUGUGUGACAUGUUCAAAAGAGAAGAAAACUGGAGUUGAGCAAAGCAUUUUUCUCGUUUUUCCUAACCAAAGCAAAAACCAUGACAAAUAUCACCCGAACUCUAAAAACUGGAACUGUUAAGUAUUUGGAACAUUUGAGUAUCAAAUACAUUUCUGCACAAAAACCUGAGCAUCAGUCUUCGAAGCUUUUUGUCUCACACAAAAGUAUUUUUUAUUGUUAUUUAUAUGACAGAACUUAAUGGAUUAAUCAACUGCCACAAAUGUUAAUUCAUGUUUUGAGAACUUGAUGGAUCAUUCAUGCUCCUAAAUGCACAAUAUUAAUUAAUUAAGUACACAGCUGAACAAAACAAUAAAAGAUAGGUCUAAUAAAAAAUGUAAAGCAAAUAAAGUUACCUAUUGUGCUUUUAGUAGGUUGAUUGAUCACAUUAUAAACAUACAAUGUCCACUUGCAAGGUCUUAACAUACAUUGUAAUUUCAUGUUCUGCCUUUACAACCUACCGUUGCAAAGGUUUUGGCUUUGUGAACUUUGUGACCAGGAAUUCAUUUUUUUAAUAAUGCAGUGUAAAUAUGACCACAAUGAUUUAAGUAAUAGAAGAUACACUAAUGUAUUUGUGUGGUUACCUUGAGAGAGGUAUCCUCACUCUGCUCUCCAGACCCGCCAGCUCAAGUUGUCCCCAUUUGCAUACUUUGUAUUUAUUUGUUCUGCCUUUUGAUUUCAGGAUCUCAGAGUUGAAGCUGUCACCUGUCUAAUUUGCAUUCGCAGGCUGGUCAUUCUGGUGUUUUGAAUUGUUCAUUAAAAGCACCAUUACAGCCAUA